CCAAGCUAAAGCAUUUUCAUUUCGCCUCAUCAGUCAUCUGUCUUCGUCUCUUUCCUACCCAUAGAAGUAGCAUACGAAAAAAAAGCCCUAGUUUUUUUUCUUUAUCCCCUUUCCAAAUCUCUAUUCCAUUUUUCUUCUUGAUCGAAGGAUCGUCUUGUCCUAAUUCGUCUAUGGCCUCCGGAUCGUCUGGCCGAUCUGCCUCCGGCUCGAAAGGCUUCGAUUUCGGUUCCGAUGAUGUCCUCUGCUCGUACGAAGAUUUUCCAAAUCAAGAAGCUUCUAACGGAAAGCGAUCGGAUUCUGCAAUUGGCAGCAAUUCUGGGAAGGAUUUCCGUGAAAGCAGGAUGGGGAGAUCAUCGGUAAAUGUCUAUAAUCAACAAGAAGAAGGUUUCCACCAGGAUGUUCUCUCUACCGUUGAAAAAACCAUGAAGAAGUAUGCUGACAAUCUUCUCCGGUACCUUGAGGGAAUCAGUGGACGUCUGUCACAGCUGGAAUUAUAUUGCUACAAUCUUGAACGAUCAAUUGGGGAAUUUCGUGCUGAUUUAAUUCGCGAUCACGGUGAAGCAGAUCUGAAGCUGAGGUCUCUUGAGAAGCAUCUUCAAGAAGUCCGCAGAUCUGUACAAAUUCUGAGAGACAAGCAAGAGCUUGCUGAUGCUCAGCAGGAACUGGCCAAGCUUCAGCUUGCACAGAAAGAAUCCACACAUCACAAGGAAGAUGGAGUUGCAUCAUCCACAACUGAGUCAAAUAAGCAUGACAACGCACCUGAAACACAGAACCAGCAGUUAGCUCUUGCUUUGCCUCACCAAACAGCCAUACCAACCUCACUUCCAGCUAAUCAGCCCUAUAAAGAAGUACCAGUUCAGCAGCCACCCCUCUCGUCUCUACCGGUACAGCAGCCACCGCUCUCGUCUCUACCAACACAGCAGCCUCUGCAUGUUCAGAGCCAUCCAAACACGUACUACUCCCAGCAGAACCAAUUGCCAAAUCAACCACCCCAGAUGGAUCAACACUUGCAAGCCGGACUCCAGUAUGCCCCGCAAAGGCCCCAAAUGCAGGACCUGUCUAGGCAGGCUUCGCCACCUCAGCCUCAUGUCAAUCCGGCCCAAACACCACAGUUUCCACCUUAUCAGCAGCAAUGGCCUCAGCAGUCACCUCAGCAGUUCCCACAACAGACCCAACCACAGCCACCAUCUACACAAAUUCAAAUCCGACCCCAGACGCCACCUGUGUACCCUGCCUACUCACAUCAACCAACAAAUCCAUCGCCCGAGGCAUAUCCAAGCAGUAUGCCCAUGCAAGUUCCAUUCUCUGGUGUUGCUCCGAACCGCCCAGAAUCUGCAGUUUAUGGUUAUGGUGGGCCUGGUAGAACAACGCAACAGCAGCCCCCACUGCCACAACAGCAGCCCCCACUUCCACCCCAUAAUAUACAGCGUCAGCCGCUGCCUCAGUCCAACCAAAGCUCUUUUGGAGCACCUGUGGGUGACGGUGGCUACCCAGGAAGUGGACCCCACCCCCCUCAGCCUUCCAUGCAUGGGUAUAUGAUGUAUGACACUGACAGCAGGUCUUCUCAUCAACCGCACUUCCAGCAGGGUAGCUAUCCCCCAACCCAUGUCUCUGCUCUCCAGAAUCAGCAGCCGCCUCCCGCUGGUGUUGGAGCCCGCCAUCCAAACUCACAGAUGAUGCGUAACCACCCAUACGCCGAGAUGAUCGAGAAAGCUGCAAGCAUGGGUUAUCAGAGGGAUCAGGUUGCAAAUGUAAUCCACAGGAUGGAGGAGAGUGGUCAGCCAGUGGACUUCAACUCUCUGCUGGACAGGUUGAAUCCACGUUUCUAAACUCUGCUGCUGUAUGGAUUGACGUUUUUUUAGUUUACGUCUCUGGUGUUUUUUAAAUAAUCAUCUGAUGAAGAUGUUUGUGUUCAUGGCAUAUAUGGUACAAUGAAAAAAACGAACUUGUAAAUUUGUAAUCCCCUUUGGUGA